GAUUUGUCAUAUAUCUUGUAAAUACACGUAAAUACUGGAAAAAUCGGAAAAAUAGAUGAUAAUUUUAAUAUUUUCACUAAAUUAAAUACAUUAGAAUGGCAUUUGUGUAUCAAGGAGAUCAAGAGUUAGAAGCUAAAGCCAAAAAGGCUGCUGAGCGGAUAUCAGAGAACAUGCACAUCGUUGCCAAUGAGCCUUCUCUGGCGCUAUUCAGGCUACAGGAGCACGUUAGGAAGGCCCUUCCGCCGAUGGUAGAAAGGCGAGUCGAAGUCACUAAACUACAGCAUGAACUGCAAGGCAGGUGUUACGAUGUGGAGUACGCACUAGGAGCCGUUAAGUCCAUGGAUGGUGCUGCAACCAGCUUCCAGAACAUCCAAGAUAUGCUGAAGCAAUCAAUUUUUUUAAAGCAACAGUUAAAGUAUGAAGAAGCUAGGAGAAAUAAAAAAGAUUCCAGUUCAGUUUAUAAACGUCUCUCAGCUCAUAUUGUUCUUGAUUUGCCGGACUUGUCCGAGUUCUCUAUGGUUAGGGAAACCACUAAUAGAAUAGAAAAUAUGAUGGCCCAUGCAAGGGGCUCCACAGCAGAACUGCAUAGGUCUCACACUACAUUGCAUUAGUAAUUAGAUUAUCUUUUAUUAUUAACAUUUGACUCCAACACAUCUUACUAACAAUGCUUGGCUCAUCAUACUAAUAUUUUUCACAUUACAUUUUCACAUAGAUCUUGCUCACACACACAUUAUUUUUAUGUUGACAGCAGAUCAUGCAUACAGAUACUUGAAAAAUCA